AUGGACAGUCUAUCUGAUUGGUACAGAGAUGUCAUGGACAACAGAGGCGAUCCCAGAGUGAAGGACUGGCCAAUGAUGUCUUCCCCGCUGCCCACCUUGAUGGCGUGCCUCUGCUACGCGUUUUGCGCCAAGAAAUUGGGCCCAGCGCUCAUGGCCAACCGAAAACCGUUCGAAUUGAGAAACAUCCUCGUUGUUUACAACUUUGUACAAACUGUCUUCAGCGCUUGGAUAUUUUAUGAGUACAUGGCGAGCGGAUGGUGGGGUCACUAUGACUUUAGAUGUCAACUUGUCGAUUAUUCGCGGAGUCCCAGAGCUAUGAGGAUGGCCAACACAUGCUGGUGGUACUACUUCAGUAAGUUCACGGAGUUCUUCGACACGCUGUUCUUUGUGCUCAGAAAGAAGAACGAGCACGUGUCGACGCUGCACGUCAUCCACCACGGCAUCAUGCCCAUGUCUGUCUGGUUCGGGCUCAAAUUUGCACCAGGUGGUCACAGCACGUUCUUUGCGCUGUUAAACACUUUCGUGCAUAUUGUGAUGUACUUCUACUACAUGGUAUCAGCUCUGGGGCCCCGCUACCAGAAAUACAUCUGGUGGAAGAAGUACCUCACCGCUUUCCAAAUGGUACAAUUCGUGCUGAUCUUCAGUCACCAACUGCAAGUGCUGUUCAGACCGUCAUGCCAGUACCCACGCGUCUUCGUCUACUGGAUCGCGAUGCACGGCUUUCUUUUCCUCUUCCUCUUCACAGACUUCUACAAAGCGCGCUACAACAAGGGCGAGAGGAAGGCCAGGCUCAACCAAGGAUUGUGUAUGUCGGUAGCUGACGACAGCUCGCUGAGCGGUAAGAACGGCUACAAACAAGAGGAUUCAUCCGUGCCCAACUCGUACGCGUCUUCAGCGGCCGACGCGUUCGUGCGCCGGCGGCCCGUGACGUAG